AUGCAGCUCCAGGCACGAAUGCCGCUAAGCGCGCGGCAGAACAAGUCCGACAGCCUGGCGGUCUCCUCUGGCAGUCAGUUCUGCCGGACGCCCGGGCAGCUGGUACGCAGCGCCAGCGAAGAUGCCGACCCGCGGCGUCAGGCUGUGAUGUUCCGCGGCAAGGGCGUUAUCAUUGCUUCCGAGGAUCGCAAUGGCGAUGGACGCCGACGAAGUGAACGGAACUUUUCCGACCUCUUUGGACAGAGCAGUGGGAGGCCUAUGCCCUUGUCCGCAGCUGGUCGAAGCGAGUUCCACGCGACUGCCACUGCUUCAUGGAUGGACUCGACCACGGAGACCUCUGCCAGGAACCACGGGCGCAGAGCAGGCUUAGCCGAGUCGGGCUCCUUGGUCUUCGACCCUUCGGCUCAGUCCAUGGAGAAGAUCUUGCCGCUGUCGCCGCGAGGCGCAGUGCCAAGGCGAUCGCCCGACUGGUUCGAGGAGCGAACUUGCUGGGACUUCUCUCCACAAAACGCCAUGCACAUCGGAGUCGAACUCGCCCGGCGAAGCCGCGAGGGUUCGGCUCGGCGAGUGCAAUCCCUGGAUGCAGGCCGUCCCGGACGUGGCAACAUAGCGCCUGCUGAACGAAAGCAGGCAAACCUGGCCUCGCGACUCGCUGGUGUUAGCCGGCCCGCUGCCGCCGACUCACCAUCGAUGGUCCGAACUGGCGAUCUUUCUCCAGCCGCCCGGUCAGCGCUUUCCGUCCUUACCCCGAACUCCGCGCGGGAGCGAAAGUUCAAGGAGCUUCACAGCUCAGCCAAGCUGAUCUGA